AUGAAGGUUGUCCUGGAGUCAUUCAAGGAAGCAGCAAAGGAAAAUGAGGAAGAAUUUCGAAAGUUGCAGAAACUCAUGGUUAAAGAAGUACUCACAUCAAAAGGACUUCUGUUCGACGGCGACAUAAUUAUCAACAAUCCGCUACUCCACGAGAUAGUGGAAGCCUCCGAGCGAGACUAUGAACAGUCGAGGAAAAAACGAUGGGCCUAUCGAGACUUCUUCUACCCGGAAACCAUUUGGGAGACUGCACCUGCAGCAAGGGAUAGCUUGAUGAGAGCAAUGGAGUUCUGGCAAAACAACACCUGUGUAACGUUUCGACCCAGAACAAAUGAAACUCAAUACGCCUUCUUUACUGGCGCUCUGGAUAUGUGCUCUUCAACUGUGGGUAGGGACACCAGACAACCACGGCAACCCGUCUUCAUAGGAAGAGGUUGUUAUGCGGUGAGAUCUGAAGUAUUGGUACAAAAGGGAACGAUAAACGGGUUCGCGCGAAAUGCUGCUUUCCCAUCACUACUGGCGCUGAAUGAGGAGCUUCAGGGGACAAUGGGCAACAUGGAAGGACCGUCGUUCCUUGAUCUGGAAAUCAUUAACAGACAUUACCAAUGUACAGCGCUGUGCAUAGAUCCUUCUGGUUUUGGUGGGAAUCUCUGUGAGCUCGUUGCCUCAUCGGCUCCGCUGAAUUGCGGUAGACUGAUUGCGGCCACUUCAAAGCUGACAAGGCUCAGAGUACGCAUGACCAUUGGUCUCAUCAGACGACAAUGUGUAUACCAUAUUCGAGCACCACCAAAUCGUAGGAUCAUGAUCGGAAUCCAGCAGGUAGAAGGGAAAUGUCAGGAAGGUUGCUACACACGUGCUGUGGAAGUGAAGAUGAACGGUGACUUUCGGCCGGUCGGGUACAGGUAUUGUUGCCAAUCGCAAUCAUUUCGUCGGCUGAUCUCAAGAGGAAGAAAUGUGGUUAUCAUUUUCUUUGCACAGAACGGAACCCUUGAUGCCACUCUGUACUUCAGAUGGGGCAAGUCUUAG